AUGAGCGGCAGCUCGAACCAGUCCACUCGAACGAGUCCCGGCUCCUUCGGAACGACGCAGCGCACCGAAUCCGUGUCUUCAGGCUCCUCGCCCACCCAAAUUUCUUCUCAGGCGUCCGCGACGACUCAGCAUGCGAUGUCGACCGACGUGUAUAGCCCGACUGUCUCGCAAGCGCCCACAUCUUUAGCUCCGACUUUUACCCAUCCCUUCUCGCCUCUCGGCCCUUCCACCUCCUUUGAAAACAGUAUGCGCCUGGGCGACCCCGAUCGCAAUUUCCAGGGUCUGAACGGCCUGGGACGCGCGAGCGGCGGUGGCGCGAUAUUGAUGCGCAAACUACCGCGCAACACCAGCCGCGAAGCUCUCCGCAGCAUGUUGCUUUUCGCCAAGGAUUUUGUCGACGCCGACUUUAUCAACUCCGAUCAUCCCGAAGAUAACGGGUUCUUGAGCGCGAUCGCGCGCUUCAACACCAUCCCCGCCGCCGAAGAGGCUCGCUCUCUUCUCGACGGGAAGCCCAACUCCAAGAACGAUGCAAAUAUGGUUGUUGAGAUGUAUCCUGGUGCCGUGGGCUCCAACCUCUCGAACGCGCGUCGCAACACGAUAGAUCACACCGCGAGGGGCGGUUUGCUCGGCGGGGUCGCCUCUAACGGCCCCUUGUCCCGCCAGUCCUCCCGUUUCAAUGGCACCUUCCAGAGCUUGGAGCGGUUGUCCGCAAACAACCCAUCCGCUCAGGCAAUCGGCGAAGGCUUGCCUUCCACAUCAGAGUCCGGCUCGCGCCUACAUAGCCUCUUUUCUCCGCAGUCUCCCAUUGGCAACGGAGUUGGCGAUCUCCCGCGGGUGACUGGCAAGUCGAUGAUUGAUGAAGAUCCGGAUGAGGAGACUGGAGAAUUGCUUAAGGAUCCCGUUGGCUACGCUGAAAAUGGCCAUUCCAUCUCUGCCCAGCGUCGAUCAACCAAUCCCCACAUCCCGGCCGGUCGUUUUGCCAAUCUGUCUCUCUCGACGACCAUGUCUUCUCCGCCUUUGCCGAAUUAUGCUUCUGGCGGUCCUAGCGGGCAGCGCAUGAGCGCGAGUGGACCUCAGUCUGCCUACCCCGGCAACGUGAACCAAGGCCAUGGUUUCCCAUAUGCCAGUCAACACACCCCUCGACACAGUCUCCCUGCUGCAAACCCUAAUGAUCUGAACCCUCCAUGCAACACAUUGUAUGUGGGCAAUCUACCUCCCGACACUUCGGAAGAAGAGCUUAAGGCGCUCUUCUCCAAGCAACGCGGCUACAAGCGACUUUGCUUCCGUAACAAGCAAAACGGGCCCAUGUGUUUCGUGGAGUUUGACGAAGUGGCGAUGGCCAGUAAGGCACUUAAUGAGCUUUAUGGCUACAAAUUGUCCAACAGUGUCAAGACUGGUAUCCGCCUUAGUUUCUCUAAGAAUCCACUCGGCGUGCGCUCCGGCCAGCCAGGCAGCAUGAAUCCAGCCAACCUCUCUGGACAAGGUGGUGUACCUGGUGGCAGCAGCUUGAAUGGGGUGCACAAUCACAUGUUCUCAUCAGUGAGUGGUCCACCUCCGGGUCUAGCAGCUCCUCCGGGACUUGCUAUGCCCAUGCCUGUCCGCAACGGAAGUGCUUCCAUGCACUCUCCGGGCCAUCCACAUAUGGUUAAUAACGGCUCGUUCAACCACAACUCGGGACUCGGCAUUCGCACCAACGGAGUUGGUCAAAUGAUGUCGCCGCCGCCCCCGCCACCUCCUGGAGGUGCCGCCGGCAAUAAUGCAGGACCCAAUAUGAACGGCUUCAAUUCCUUCUACCCCGAUUACAUGAUGGGUCGCUAA